AUGGUGACGGCGACCGUGGUGGCGCCCUUCCUCAUCGUCAUGCUCUGCUUCUGCAUCUUUCUCUGUGCCAUGUGGUACCGCGGUGGUGCGCGCGGCGUGGGGAUGUGGCUACUGUUCGGCGGCGCUGGCGGAGGAGCGGACGCGGCGUGGUGCUACCAAGGUAGUCUGGGCAACAAGUCUAUGGCGAAGCUGCCGCGCCGGGAGGUGGGCGAGGGCGAGGCGCUGGAGUGCGUCAUAUGCAUCACGGAGCUCGCGGCCGGGGCGACGGCGCGCGUGCUGCCUCGGUGGGGACACGAGUUCCACGUCGACUGCAUCGACAUGUGGCUCAACACCCACUCCACCUGCCCGCUCUGCCGGGGUACCGCAGGCGACGACGACGAUCCGCACGUGCCGCCAGCCGUGCCCAUCCCCGAGGUCACCCCAAAGCCACCGAACUUCCCCACCGACCUCCUCUUCUUCGGUUCCCAUGACGAGGUCAGAACUCAGAACCUGUCGCUCGCGAUAGCAGCCGCCGGCCUUCACGGCGCCUUCUCUGCACCGCAAGAAGGGCAUGGCGUCAGUAGUCGACGCAGGCAGGCGGGUUGCGGAGAUUGAGCGAGCCGCUGUAGAGGAGUCGUGUUCUAGUACACAGUGGCGUGCCAUAUGCAUAGUUUGCAAUAGUAUAUAGUAGGGGUAAAAAGACCCGGCUUUUGGGACCAAGUAAUCGGCCAUGAGUUCAUAAUCUGCAUUUCCCGAUCCACCUUGUCUUUUUAUAAUCUGCAUGAGAUCCAAACUAAUUACAGAUCCCUUUUACCUGCCUAAUCGUGUGAUUAGCUUUUCCAUUA